CAACAGCUCCCUCCACGUGCGGGUAAGAAGCAUCCAGUCGUUCGACGAUCAAUCCGAAGAAAAGGAAAGACGCAAGGCAAGGAAAGUCAGAAAGCAGUAGCCGGGAGAUCGGAAGAGACUGUGAUCGACCGUUUCUCAGAUUGCCGGGAAAUCCUCCAAAAAUGGUGUAACCUACCUGUUGAAGCUCUCAGCUCCUCAAUGAAGCUCCUCGUCGGUGUUCUCUUUUCCUUCUUCCUCGCUCUUCCUUCCGCCGUCGCCAGAGGCGGCGAACGCGGUGGCACUCUCUCAGAGUAUGAGAAUGAUAGGAGCAAUGUGGCUACUACUAAAGCGCGGGUUUUGCUUGAAGAUGAGAAGUCACCGAACAAGAUCGCUAGAGCUCGUGGGUACAUGACGAACUCGGAUCUCGAGAAGGCGGUGAAGGAUUUUGGGCGAAGAUGUAGCAACAUUUCUAGGAUAUACAGCAUUGGGGAGAGUGUGAAUGGAGUUCCACUGUGGGUAAUAGAAAUUUCUGACAAGCCUGGGGAAGAAGAGGGCGAGCCUGCGUUCAAGUAUAUUGGAAAUGUUCAUGGGGAUGAACCUGUUGGGCGUGAACUUCUUAUUCGGUUAGCUAAUUGGAUAUGCGACAACCAUUUGAAGGAUCCUCUGGUCAGAUCAAUUGUGGAAAAUAGUCACCUUCAUAUUCUUCCAUCAAUUAACCCUGAUGGGUUUGCAUUACAGAGGCGCGGUAAUGCAAAAAAUAUUGAUCUGAAUCGUGAUUUUCCUGACCAGUUCUUUCCUCUGAAUGACGAUAUACAUACGCGUCAACCUGAAACAGCAGCAGUUAUGAAAUGGUUGAGUGAGAUACGUUUUACAGGUUCUGCAACUUUGCACGGGGGUGCACUUGUUGCUAAUUAUCCAUGGGAUGGUACCAGUGAUGGAAGGAAACAUUAUUAUUUAUGCCCGGAUGAUGAUACUUUCCGGUUCCUAGCGAGCACUUAUAGUCAAUCUCACCGUAACAUGUCUUUGAGCACGGAGUUCCCAGGGGGCAUAACAAAUGGAGCAUUUUGGUAUCCAAUAUAUGGAGCAAUGCAAGAUUGGAACUAUAUACAUGCUGGAUGUUUUGAGUUGACCUUGGAAGUCAGUGAUGAUAAAUGGCCAAUGAUUGAUGAGAUUCCUACACUCUGGGAGCACAACAAAAUGAGUUUGCUGAACCUUGCAGCUUCAGUUUUGAAGACAGGAGUACAUGGAAGGAUCUUUGCCUCGGAUUCUGGAACUCCUUUGCCUGGAUUUAUCACCAUCAAGGGAAUAAACUACACGGUUAAUGCUGGAAGAGCAUUUGGGGAUUAUCAUCGGCUGCUUGUACCUGGAGAGAGAUAUGAAGUUAUGGCCACUAUGCCUGGGUACAAAUCCAAGACGACAACCAUAUCAUUAGGAGAGACAGCCAUGACAGUGGAUUUCAUCCUCGAUCCAGAGACCACAACCGAGCGGUAUCUAUGGAGAACUUCUGGUUGCAAUUGUGGCGGCAGCAGCAGCAGCAGCAGCAAGUUUGGCCUCGAAAUGUUCUGGACGCUUCACUUCGAAGUUUAUGUUGUUAUCAUCAUAUUGUUAUUUUGGUUUCUGAUAAGGAGGAGAUUGAAAUCCAAUCUCUCAAACGAUAAACAGCAUGCAGCACGAAGUUCCUUACUUCCUGCAUAAGCAACUUGUAGUCAACCAAAAUAGUCAAAAUACACUCUUACCUGUUCUUCACUGAUCAAACAGUCUCGAUAUAGAAUUUACCAAUCUUAGGCAUACUGUGUAACAUAUAUUUUUGUGAACAAUUUCCAAGUGUAUCACUUAACCAGUAAACCUGGAUUGUUAAUUUAAUUAUUCUCAUUUUAUGGUUGAAUUGUAUGAUUUCGAUUUUACGCAAUCUUCUACUGAC